UAAAUCGUGCGUUUAGGUUAGUUUACUGUAGCCGUUUGAUGCUGAUCUACGUACUAGUUGGAAGCUGAAAUACGUUUUUAAUGAAUAAGUUUUGUUAUAAAUAGCAUUUUAGUCCCUAUUAACGUUAUAUAUUUUUUCUGCCAAAAUGUGGACACCAAAAUUCUUAAAAGCGUUUCAUGAUUUUUCUAGGGUACUGUAUUAUGGUAAAAAUCCAAGAGUAUGCCUGUCAAAUAUUCGAAAGAUGUCCAAUGUUGCAAAUAAACAUUUGCAAACUAAAGUCGUUAAUAACGUGCUCGUAAUAAACUUCAAUUCUCCUAGCUCCAGAGUUAAUUGCCUUGGCCUCGAUGUAAGCCAGGAAUUCGAAAGUGUUCUCAAAGAGCUAGAAACUAAUACAAAUGUGAAAUCAGCAAUAAUUAUAUCUGGAAAGCCUGGGUGCUUCAUAGCAGGAGCUGAUGUAAUUAUGUUAGAAAAAUGCCAAACUGCCGAAGAAGCCACAAAAAUAUCUCAUUCCGCGCAAAUAAUGUUCGAUCGCAUGGAACGUAGUCAAAAGCCAAUUGUAGCAGCAAUAAAUGGUGCUUGUUUGGGCGGCGGAUUAGAAUUAGCACUUGCAUGCCAUUAUCGUAUCGCCACAGAAGAUAAAAAAACCAAAUUAGGUCUACCAGAAGUUAUGUUAGGGUUACUACCGGGCGGAGGAGGUACUGUUCGUUUACCCAAAUUUACUUCCGUACCUGUAACAUUAGAUAUGCAACUAACAGGAAAGCAAAUAACAGCGAAAAGAGCAAAGAAAUUGGGUGUUGUUGAUUUAUUACUUAGUCCUUUAGGACCUGGCUUAGCACCUGCAGAAAAUAUCACAAUGGAGUAUUUAGAAAAAGUAGCGAUUGAAGUAGCUAACGAUAUUUCCACUGGAAAACUUAAGGUCAAACGAGAGAAAUCCGGAGUUGUCAAUAAUUUGUUGGAACAUGCAAUGGCAUUAGAUAUUGUAAAAAAUAAGAUCUUUGAUACUGCUCGUAAACAAGUAAAGAAAAUGUCUGGUGGUCUUUACCCUGCGCCUCUAAAAAUUAUAGACGUUAUUCGUGUUGGUGUUGAUAAAGGUAUAAAUGCUGGUUACGAAGCUGAAAGAAAGGGUUUCGGCGACCUUGCUAUGACUACAGAAUCAAAAGGCUUGUUAAGUCUUUUUCGAGGACAAACAGAAUGCAAAAAAAAUCGCUUUGGUAGACCUAAAAAUGAACCUACUAAUGUUGGUGUUCUGGGCGCUGGUCUUAUGGGUGCGGGAAUAGCUCAAGUGUCACUUAAUAAAGGCUACGGAGUUGUUAUGAAAGACACCACUGAGAGUAAUCUAUCUAGAGGUUUUGGACAAGUUCAGAAGGGUUUUGAUACAGCAGUUAAACGAAAGCGUAUUACGACUUAUGAACGAGAUCAGAUUUUAGCGAAACUGAAACCAACCCUUUCUUAUAACGAUUUUCAAAAUAUGGAUAUUGUAAUAGAAGCUGUUUUCGAGAAUAUCGAUAUUAAGCAUCAGGUACUCAAAGAAAUAGAGGGAGCCGUAAAUGAAAAUUGCGUAAUUGCUACUAAUACUAGCGCAAUUCCUAUUAAGAGUAUAGCAAAAGGAAGUUCUCGCCCAGAAAAAUUGGUAGGAAUGCAUUACUUUUCUCCAGUAGAUAAAAUGCAACUUCUUGAAAUUGUAACACAUCCAGGCACAUCUAAAGAUACAAUAGCGACUGCUGUCAAUGUGGGUUUAAAACAAGGAAAAAUUGUUAUAAUUGUUGGUGACGGCCCUGGGUUUUACACAACACGUAUUUUGGCUACAAUGUUAUCUGAAGCAAUCAGACUUUUACAGGAAGGUGUUGAUCCCAUUGAAUUAGAUAAAAUGACUAAACAAUUCGGCUUUCCAGUUGGUGCUGCUACUUUGGCUGAUGAAGUCGGAAUAGAUGUCGGCUCACACAUUGCUACGGACCUGUCUAAGGCUUUUGGAGAACGUUUUAGUGGUGGCAAUUUGUCUGUCAUGCAAGACUUAGUUUUGUCUGGAUUUUUAGGACGAAAAUCUAACAAAGGAAUAUUUUUAUAUGAUGGUCAAUCUGGAAAAAACCGACCUAUUAACGCAGAUGCUAUGGAAAUCAUCAAGCAGAAAUAUUCGCUUUCUCCAAAAGGUCUCAAUUCUGUAGAAGAAAUGACGUUGCGUAUGGUUUCUCGCUUUGUAAAUGAAGCUGUACUUUGUUUAGAAGAAAAAAUACUCGAUAAUCCUUUAGAAGGAGACAUUGGUGCGGUUUUUGGUCUUGGAUUUCCUCCAUUCACUGGAGGCCCAUUUAGAUGGGUGGAUCAAUAUUCAGCAUCAAAACUGGUAGAUAAAAUGAAUGCAUAUGCCGAUUUAUAUGGUGAACCUUUUAAACCGGCUAAAACAUUGAUAGAAAUGUCUAAAGAUCCUACGAAAAAGUUUUUUGUUAAAAGUGCCUAAAAUUUUAAAUACCAUAUAUUUACUUACAUACCAUAAAAUAUGAAAAUAAUUAACAACCUAAAACACA